AUGCAAGAACAAUUGGAUGCGCUGGAAUCCCAAAGAACCAUGAUGAGCCAACUGGCACAAUUAUUGGCUGAUAAAGGAAAGAGCCCUACAAUCAAUUCGGGAGUUGAUCAGGAGGACCCUGUUUAUCCUCCAGGAUUUACCCCAACGAACACUCAGAUAGGCUCGGGUUCUAACCCAGGAGAUAAUCCGACCAACCCUGUCGUUCCUGAUCUGGACGAUGUAGCGGAAGUAGAAAAGGCAAGGGUGGAUCUACCGAAGCAACUUGAAGAUAGGUGUAGGUGGCUAGAGGAAAAGUUCAAAGUAAUAGAAAGUGCUGAUUACCGUUGCAAGAUCGAUGCCAAAGACCUGAAUUUGGUACCUGACUUAGUUCUCCCACCUAAGAUUAAAAUGCCUGAGUUUGAGAAGUAUAACGGGACUAGCUGUCCUAAAGCCCAUAUCAUUAUGUUCUGUCGGAGGAUGACGGGAUAUAUCGACAAUGAUCAAUUGUUAAUUUACUGUUUCCAGGACAGUUUGAUCGGAGUGGCGGCUAAAUGGUACAACCAGCUGGGUCGUGCCCAAAUUUGCUCAUGGAAGGAUUUGGCACAAUCCUUCAUGAGACAAUAUAGCCAUAUAACGGACAUGACACCCGAUAGGAUCACACUACAAAACAUGAAGAAGAAACAGAAUGAAAAAUUCAGGCAGUACACUCAGAGAUUGAGAGAAGUGGCAACUCAAAUCCAGCCGCCUCUUCUGGAAAAAGAAACCACAAUGCUUUUCAUCAAUACUUCAAAGGCCCCGUUCAUCACCCAUAUGUUGGGAAGCGCCACUAAGAGCUUCUCAGAUAUAGUGAUGACCGGUGAAAUGAUUAAAAAUGCAGUGAGAAAUGGUAAAAUAGAUGCGGGGGAGAACUUUAAGAGAUCGGCCUCGCGGAAGAAAGAAGGCAAGGUAAAUAAUGUGGGUACAUACAACAAAGGAUAUUCAAAGUCAAUCACCAUUGGCUCGCCAAAGACGGUAACUACCAGUCAUCAGGGUCCCCCGAGGCAAGAAUCCAAUUCGAGGUCAGAAAGACCCCAAUUUACACCUAUUCCGAUAACUUAUGGAGAGCUGUAUCAAAAUCUAUUUAAUACACAUGUGGUAGCCCAUUCUUAUAUAAAACCCAUGCAACCCCCAUUCCCUAAGUGGUAUGAUACAAACACUCAAUGCAAAUAUCAUGCAGGGAUAACGGGGCAUUCAAUCGAGAAUUGUACUGCGUUCAAGAAGGUGGUUGAAAGACUCAUCAAAAUGGGUAUUGUAAAGCUCGACGACCCUUCUGGACCUAACGUAGUAAGGAACCCAUUACCUAAUCAUUCGGACAAAGGGGUCAACGCGGUAUUCGAGGAUGGAAGUAGGAGAAUCAAGGUAGACGUGAUAGAGGCAUGUGCAGCGUUUAGGACCGUGGUACAAAACCUGAUGGAUAAUAAAGAGAUGGAGUUUUAUAAAGAGAGUAAAGAAUCUGAAACAAGAAAAGUCUGUGCCUUGGAGAAGUGA